UUAUGUUACUCGAUCAUAUUAAAAAUCCAGGAAAGGUUUUAUCGAUAAAGCGUGAUUCAAUUCACUCCGUGUAAGAUAUUAAUUACAUUUGAAACAAUGACAUCGCUUCAAAUAUAUUUAUAUAAAUUUUACAAAGGAAUUAACAAAGAUUAGAGCUGUAACAGCUAUAUUUAAGGCUAAUCAUAUAACAAUUCAACUUAGCACAUAUCAAGGAAAGGCACAUGUAGUCGACUUGAACCAAAACAGAAAGAACAGGAAUAAUAUCAAACAAGAUAUGGAGAGUAGUGAUCCUGAAAGUUCACCAAGUCUCGAACUGGAAAGAAAAACUAAGAAAUCUUCAGGAAGUCUUCAAAAUUUAUCGGAUAACGGACAAGAAUGUGGAAAACCACUGGUUGUGACCUGUGCUAGUACUUCACUGACAGACUUGACAGGAUCUUCAUCCACAGAGGUACAGCUGAUGGAAAAAAAUUCUGCUGGCAGAACAUCAGAAUUAGCAGAACAAUAUACAGCAGAUGUCAAUGGCAAAGAGCAAUCUACACUUCUGUCUUUAGCCAGGCAAUACCAGAAAACUGCAAAUAAGCCCAGUGAAUUUACGGAAAUACAGAAUCCUCUUCAAAGACAUCGCAGAAACUACAAAGUUACCAAGAGAUCAUCUUCUGGAUCGAAGCAGAAGAUUGCAACCAGCACAAAAAGUGGGAGUGAUGCAGUCUCAGUGAGGGAACAGCAGGGUAAUCCGAAAAAUAGCAGGAGUACAACCGCAGUUAUGGAACAGCAAGCAUCAAAUACUGAUGAGACAUCAACUACAACGUCAACUAGGAGAGGAGUAGCAGGAAGCAAGAUUCUGACAGAACUUUACACCGAGAGAAGACACGCCUACAUGUUUAGACCACAUGCCUGCAUGUUUAAACCAUCAGUUUUCACCAUUUCAGAGGGAGCUGGAUCAGUACCUGAGCGGAGGUCUCCGGUAGAUUUUGCGAGUGAUUUAAACUGGAGUGCAGAAAGUACAUCUACUGACUCAGCAGAUUUUUAUGAAAAUCUAAUGGAUAUGCAUAUAGCUGCUCCAUUCGAUGAUGAUACAUACCUUGACACCCAUGCCAAUAUGCCUAAUGUACAUGUAGCCCUAGAUCUCAAUUAUCCACAGCUGGACAAUGAUGACGAUUGGCUUUAUGUAAGAGAUCUUGAUUUUCGUCUGCAAAACAUGAGCAUGGAUUUAAGCAGGGACAGAGCCAGUUCCUCACUGUAUCCGAGAGCAGAUCUAAUAACAAGAACUGAAUGUGAAGUUUGUUAUGAAAGAACUAGUGUCAGAAAACGCUUAUGUUGUGAUUUCCCUGUCUGUGAACCAUGCAUGGAAAAAUACGUGGAAGAAAAAGUCAAUAAUGGUGGGGUGACUAUCCAAUGUAUUGGGCCCUGUGAAUCGUUGGUCCAUAGGGACGAAAUCCUGUCCAGAUUAUCAGUGGAAAUGAAGGAAAAAUAUUACAAAUUUCUCGUAGAUGCAAAUCAAGAUCCUAUGGUCAAAACUUGCCCUCAGUGUUCCACAAUUCAGAACAUAACCAAAGAGGAACUUCGAGCUGCCAAAAAAAGGGUCAAAGGUUUUCGUACGAAUGUGACUUGUCCUAAAUGUGAUCUUGUGUGGUGCUUCUCUUGCCAUGCCCCAGCACAUGAGGGUGUCACUUGUAAAGAUUUCAAAAAAGGGGACAAACUCUUAAAAUCUUGGGCGAGGAUAAAAACAACAGGACGAGAAUUGAAUGCUCAAAAGUGUCCUCGUUGUAAGGUUUUCAUUGAGCGUAAGGGAGGUUGUGACCACAUGACAUGUAAACAGUGUGGAACAAGCUUUUGCUACAGGUGUGGUGAGCGAUACAUCACCACUAGCAUUGUCACCAAGCUCAUAGGAGACCACCAUGGGAAAUUCAGCCCUUUCGGAUGCAAAUACAACUUGCUGCCUAACGAGCCUUGUGCAAGGAAACUCAUCCGGGGCUCGGUACUCGGUGCUAAAGUGUUGGGUGGAAUUUUAUUGGGAGGCCUUCUAGUUGCUGCUGGAGCCAUUCUGGUGGGAACCAGCUUCAUAGUGUUUCCAGCUUACCGUGGCUACCGCUACCACCAACAAAGAAAGUACCGUAAGCGGUUAAGGACAUUCCGGCAUAUUAAUUUAUCCAGGCACUUCCUGACUCCUCCAGAGAUACCUCAGCUGACAGUCAGCAACAUACGCCGAGAGGAUGCCCAAAGUCAAAACAGUUCCAUUUUUGGUUCGGUUUUCGAUGAAAUGGACAACAAUUCUACAAAUGAUGAGUCACCAGAGAGCGGAGCAGAACACGACCCAUCACGGGAAGUGGAGGUAUGGGUACACUGUCAUCAUCAGAAUAUUCCAACAGACAUUCGACAGGAAGUGGAAGGUCUCGAGAACACAGCUCACCUUGACGACAAGAACACCGUCACCCAAACAACUGCAAAGCUUUCAAAGGAUCAAAAUCAAGGUGACGUUCUCUAUGUUAAAACAACGUAUGCAAAUGAGGAUCAUGAGAGAUCUUCAUGCAGGAAGGGCAGUUCUGAAAUACAGGACAACAAUGAAAAUCAAAAAUCAGAAGAGUCGGUUCUGAAUACAAAAUCAAAGAAUGACUCAAAGAACAGACCAAGUGACCUUAACGGAGAGUCAUCGGAUAGUGAUUCUACCGAAAAUCAGUCAAAUAAGAAUAAAGAAAAAGAUGGAAAUGAUGAAGAUACAGAGACAGGAGAUGAAAAUUCAACCACACAAGGAUGUUUUGUGAGAAUUUUCGGAAAGAAGUUGCCUGUGGUGUGGGAGAAAGAUCGUGAUGGCGAAAUGAUAAAAACAAUAGACAGCAAACAAAAGGAGCACUCAGGGUCACUGGAGAAAAAAAAGGUACAAGGUCACUCAUCUAUAGCCGUUGACGGAACUUUGGAGAAAAAGAAAAUCCAGCUUCCGUCUUCAAUUACAUUAGAUGGUGGUUCACUGGACAGAAACUUAAAGAAGCAUGUUUCAAAUGUUGGCGGUGUCAAGCUGGUUACACAGCCUGAUAUUGUGACGUGUGUGCUGCAGUCAAAACAAGCCAAUCAGCUGACAGGAAAAUGUGACAAGGAAGGGUCCGUCAAUGGUGAAAAUUUAGAGGAAGGGGAAAUAACUUUGGAAGUUGAUCCCUACUUUGGCAUUGUCUCCCCUGACAAUUAUGAAACCACAUUAUGAAUUCUUGUUUAAGAAAUUGAAGUAUCUGUUAAUUGAUGAGAAGUAAUAAUAGUUUAGAGCGCCACACAAUAGAUUAAUAUAAAGGUUCAUGGUAAUGAGAUUAUUUUAAUGGGUUCCUUAGUUGAUAUCCCAGAUUUUGUCGUUUUUGUUGCCUUUGUGUUCUUAACUAGCAAGUGUGUUCUCUUGUUUUUCUUUCAUAAUUAGUGUAUCAUAAUUAAGGUUGACCGUUUUUUAAUUUACAACAAUUAAGUGUGACAAAUUUAGUGUGCAAGAAUCAAGUAUGACCACCUAUAUAUGUGUGCAAGAAUCAAGUGUGACCGCAACUCAGUAUAUUAGCAUAUACAGUGUAUAUGAUAUGUAACUAACUAUGUGAGAACACUUCAUAUAGGAAUUUAAAAGUCAGACCACUUCUGCAUGUAAGAAUCAAGAUAAUCGACUGUCUACACGUUUAUGAGGAAAUUGUUCUUAAAAAUGAAACAAUAAUUCGCUAUUCAAAUGUAAAAAGAUAAGUAUAAUUAUGAAAAAUAUCAUUGUAUCAGCUAAGCAUGUUUUGAUAAGAAGUUGGUCAUGUACAUGAGAGGACUUCAAUAAUAUUUUAGGCCUGCAUAAGUUUAUUCUAUUUAGCAGUAUAUAUUACAGUGAAAGUGUGCUCCUGCCUAUAAUAAUGUCUUGUACAUGUAACUGACUAUUUACUAAUCAUGAGCUAGCAAGGCUUUCAGUAGAUCCUUGAGGGUGUCAUUUCGACUCUCCAAAAAAUGAGUUUUUUCACCCCUCUGGUUUGUUAGGAAACAUCUGUUUGACGUCUUCUUUUACUCUCCAGGUUUCAGGCCAAAUUCUAUUUGAUAUACCUGAAAUUGCUAAUUGUCAAGUGUUGACUGAAGUCCUUGUGCAGCAGCAGGUGCCUGUAGCUAGACAUAUGAGAUUCCUGGCCUUAGAUCUGUGGGUAGAUUAGUAUAUAUACUCUAGGUUGGUAUGUGACUGCAUUAUAUUGAUACUCGCUAUGUAUUGUCAGAUUAUUGUUGAUGUUCUUUAGAACUAGUUAGUUGGUUAGUUGAGUUCUGAAAUGUGCUAUCUAAUUGAAUGAUUGAUCAUUCCAGGAUAGAUAUUGACCUUAAUUUUGGUAAUUUAUAGCAGAAAAACUGGUUGUGACUGCCUCUAAAGGUGAUUAACUUGACAGUUUGCUGAUCAAGAUGAGCAAGUGAUGGCUGCUUGUAUAUGUAAACAUACAUACUUAUUUUACAGUCUCAAAUGUAUUGCACAGAGACAUUUGAAAAAGUUGUGCCAUUGAACAGAAAUAUUUGUAUACGUACAGUAACUGUUUUUGAGUGUCCUGGUAGAAAUCGUGGUCCAGGUGAGGCACAGAAUGACAUUCCAUGGUGAAGGGAUGAACACAAUUAGACAAGAAGUCGGCCAACUAGAUAGGCAGAGCUUUAUAUGCACACUUCAGGGGUUUGUUACAAAUGAAUAACAAUAAACCAUGAUUGCUAAAUCUUGUAAUAUGUCCUGAAGUAUCUGUAUGAAUCGGCCUUGUGUUAUAUAGAAAAAUUGCAAAGUAGCGACAGUCAUGAGCAUUUUAGUUUCAGCCAGGCAUAUUAGAAAUCUUUGAUAUGCACAUACUGAAUUAGAUAAGUCAGCUUGGUCCCACACUCUGCCUGUUAUUUCUCUUCAGGUUAAAUUACUGUGUAGUGGAAACAAUUGAACCAGAUAUGCGAAAUCGGCUGAAAUAUUUGUAAUAAAAAAUACAUGUAUGUAUAUUAGCUUUAAGACUUUAGCCAUCACAUGAAAAUAAUGUAGAGGUUGCUUUUUAUUGUAAUCGUGGAGAUUAUGUUAAUCUCUUCCACUUAUAGACUACACUUCAAGUAAUAUACAAAUUAUAUACUCUGUAAAUAGAAAUUGGAUGCCAUAAUUAUAAAGCUUCAUACCACAGUUUGAAAAAUUUCAGUUAUUAAUUAUUUAAAAGAUUAUUUAAUGUUAAGAAUACUUGCCUUCAGGGUUAUUUUGAAAAGUUCUACUAGCCCAACCUUUAUUCUCAUCUUUAAUAUUGAAAAUAAUUGGUACAAGCCCCAACAUAGAAUCUACAAGCCUGGGCUAGUGGGACUAAUUGUACCCCCCUGUGUGUUCAUUAACUCAUUUGCCCCUGAAAUUCCAUAAUGAACUAUUCCAACCUUUGAAUUGGAAGAGUUCAAAUGUGUCUCCAUGGGUGAAUGAGCUAAUACCUAGUUUAACCUUCCCUAUAACAUGAAUGUAGCUACCUUGAGAUGUGCUUGUGUAAUGACAGUGUUUAGGAAAUAUACAAAGAGAGCAGAUUCCUUAAUUUUAUAUAUUUGAUAAGGUUGCAGAUUUCCUUGAACACGAUUGGUCUACACAUUCUGAUCAGUAUCAUUUCUUAAUUAAACAAUACCUGUCAUGACGUACUUAAUCAAAACUGUCUUAUAUAUUACUUUUGUUAAAAUUUCAUUAAUGAGGCUUUAUUAGGUUAUAUCGUAUUAUGGAUGUUUGUUUUUAUUUUUCAGUGCUUGGACAAUUUAAAAAAAAAACAUGCAAAUUACUUGUUUGCCCAUUGUUGAAGCAUACACCUGUAAAUUAUAUUUGACUGUCUCAAUAUGUUGUGCUUGGUCUAUUUUGUAGAAUAUUUUAAUGUUUAUUCUGACCAACCUCAAACUUUUAGAGGUUACACUCCCUUGCGUUCUCUGCACCUCUGAAAUACAUAUACAUAAAUGUAUAUCAGGACAAAAUUGAAGGCUCCGUACUAGUGUGCACCACCUUGUGGAUGUACAUGUACACUAAACAAUUCUGUGACAGCUAAAGGUUAAAUUGACUGGCUUUGAAGUUGGGCGUCACUCCUCUAUGAUCCUCAAAGAACCAGUAUCGGCCUAUAGUACAUGAUUUUUCUUCUUUUUUUUUUCUGCCUGAAACUAAUCAAUUUUGUCUUUACAUAUUCAAGGGGUGCAAAAAGCGUAAGCGAGUGUUAUCCCUGGAUCUUCGAGGAUGCCUCCAAUCAGAUCUGAGAGAAUGUACGAAAUGUUGUAUAUUAUAAAUGGUUUUCUAACAAUAAGUUUGUUUAUACAAAUAUAUACACUUUCUGUGUAGUAGAUUAGCAUUUGUUCUCAUUACAAUUCACCGAAUUAACAUAACUACAUGUAUAAUAUACAUGUUAUAUAUAAUAUGUACCCAUCAAUGCAAAUGAACAAUAGUUGUGAUAUUAAAGCCAUUGUCUUUGAACAAAAAAUGUCAUGCAUGUAGAAUUCAGUAUAUUAACUUAUUUAUGGUCUAGACCUUUUUAUGAUUUUUUGUCUUUUUAAUUUUAUUAUGUAUCUAUUUUGUUCAUGAAUCUAUAUUUAAAGCCAAUAUACUAGGUAA